GCAAGGUGCACGUGUCUUACAGUGUCGUUGUCGUGUGUUCUGUAAAUUGUGAAUUCUUGAAUUAUUUCUGCAAAGGUGCAAAGAUGAAGGUCAGGAAGUCCAUGAGCAAGCCCCGCGCUAGUUUGGCUUUGCAGAAACCAAAGUCAAUCGAGAAUAGCCCUAUCAAGGGCGGUAAUAAGAAGAAACUGAAAAAUCCAGCCGGCGUUGUCUAUCCACCAGAAAACCUCGUGGAGCCAGAUUUGGAACAAGAAACAAUUGAGAAAGCAGCUGAAGCCCUGCUGAAACUGGACGCUGAUCGCAAAGAAAACAAAAUAAGUUUACUUGGAGGGGACGCUGGAGAACCUGUAAAUCUCUUGUUCUCGUUUUAUAAAAUUGCUGAAAUACCUUCAAGGAUGCUUAGGUUUGAGGUACCCAAUUCUCCAGUUCAGGAUUCAACUGACAUCGCUCUGAUUGUGCGUGAUUUGGAACCGAAACGCCGCGAACCAGACCACGAUGUUGUGAUCCAGAUGUAUGAGAGCAGACUCCGAGCACAUGGAAUUAAACAUCCAUUAAAGAUCAUCACCUUGCGACAGAUCAUGACUGAGUGCAAGACUUACGAAGCCAAGAAGAAGCUGUGCAACUCCUAUGACAUGUUCUUAGCGGACUGCUCGAUUAGUGGCACGCUGGUACCUCUCCUUGGAAAGCAUUUCUCAACGGUCAAGAAGAACCCCGUGCCAGUGAAAACGGAGCCCAUUGGCCUGAUGAAAAGUUCCAUUGAGAAGGCUUUUAGAAAAGUCCAAUUUCAAUUGAAUUCAAAUGGAAAUUGCAAGAGUAUCAAGAUUGGCCACACUAAGAUGGAAGCUUCUCAGAUUGCUGAAAAUGUAGUUGCAGCUGCAAAGGCCUUAUGUAAAGAACUUCCAGGUGGCUGGAUCAACAUUAGGAAUAUGCAAAUCAAAACCCUACGUGCACCAGGAGUGACUUUCUACCACGCCAUCAGAAACCCCAAUGACGUUAAAAUCACUGGCAUCAGGAAGACUAUCAAGCACAACAAAGCUGUUGAAGGGGAGCUCAGCACCACCACCAUGGACGAUUUCAAAGUCCGAGUUCGGCCUGAUGGUGAAGUGGAAAUGAUUGACCUUGAAGGCAAGCGCCUAUCCAAAAAGAGGACGCUAGAGGCGAUGAAAGAGUUCGGAUUCAAAAGGAAAAGGAAGUAUGCUGUUUCUGAUGCCGUGAUUCUCGCUUCCGAAGAGGCUGAUGACCCAGAAGAGAACGAAGAAGAGGAAAGCGAGAGGGUUGUGCCUAAUUCCACGGACAGAGAUGCUGACAUGGAUGCAGAGCAUGGAAGUGAAGACGAAGAUGUCAAAGAGGAAUUGCAGCCCAAAAAGGAAAAAGGUACCAAGAAGAAAAAGAAAGCUAAGGUGGUUGACAGCGAUGAUGAUGAUGAAGAAGAAGCUGCUGUUGGCAAUUACGAAGAAGCUUACCUGCACCAGCUUGAGCAGGAAACAAAAGAAAAAAAGAAGAACGUGAAGAAGACUGCCAAAAAGGCUCAAGACGUUAGCAAUCAAGUUGAGAAGAAGAAAAAAGGCCAGAAGGCUUCAAAAGCAGUAGAUCAGAAGAAGACCAAUGCUGCAAACAAGGAGAAACUGAAUAAGAAGAAAAAGAAGAAUUCCGUGUAAACCAGAUGAGUAAAAUAAAUACCGCAUUAUCUUUUUGA